UUAAGAAGAAAAAAAAUCCAAAAAAAAAAAUCUCUCAACAAAUGGGUCCAUAAACUCUUACUAAUUCUUACAGACUCACUCAUGUUACUCUCUCUUCAUUAAAAAAAUAAAAAAGAGGAAAGAAGACGGCCUUUCUCUGUUUCUCCUGUCACCGAAAAAGCCUUUAUUAUUUCGACCGUUAAGUAUUUUAAAGUCGAAAACUGGCCCCCCUUUCUUUUUCUUUUUUUAUGGAAAGAAAGUUGAAUACUUUACCCCUUUUGACUUUCACGUCCACAUCAGAAAAAGGGUGUAUUAUCAAUCAGACCGUUCUCAAGUGCCACAAUAGCCGAGAGAUCUCAUUAGAUCAACGGUCAGGAUCUGUCGACCGUUACCACUGACAACACCUUUCAAUCUCACAAUUUCAAAUUUAAGGAUGUCUCCUUUCUUCUCUUUCUUCCAAAAACACAAACCCCUCUUUUUCUCUUUGCUCCUCAGAUGGGUUUUUUCUUCUUGUCUUAAUUCUCCAUACAAGUUUUCUUGAAAAUUUCUCAUUUCUCAUAGCUGAAAGAAACUCAUCUUGAAAAUCCAAGCAAAAUGGGGGUUGUUGAUUCUCCUUCUUCUUCAUCUCCAGUGACAAUUACAGUGACUUCAUCUCCAACUGGAGGAGGAUGCCAUGGUUUAACUAGUCCGGUUCGACGCCAUUCUUUGUCAACUAACCCCAAUUCACCUCUUAGCGGAAAAAAAUUCAGGGGGUCCUCUGGUGGAAGAUAUCUCUCUAUGUCUAAAGAGAGCACUGAUGAAUUUGUAGCUUAUACAGUUCAUAUUCCACCAACCCCAGAUAAUCGAACCGUCACAGAUUCUCAAAACAGCCCUAUUGGAAGUAGAAAAAGUUAUAGAAAUGAACAUCCGAGUGAAGGGUAUAUUAAAGAUACAAUCUUUACUGGAGGGUUUAAUUCUGUGACUAAAGCACAUGUUAGGAAGAGUUCAGAGGAUGAGCCUAUGGUUAUGAAGUGUAAAAACAUGUGUCAAAUGGAAGGCUGUGAUGAGAAAAAAGCUGAAGCUAAGUGUGAUUGUGGGUACAUAAUUUGCAGAGAGUGUUAUUUGGAUUGUGUGGGAAUUGGUGGAGGAUGUUGUCCUGGUUGUAAAGAGGCUUAUAGAGGGAUUAGCGAUGAUGAUGAGAGUGAUGAAGAGCCGAAAUCGGAAGCUAAAGAUCAGGCAAAUCCAUUGCCUUCAAAGGGAGGAAGAGGGAGAAUGGAGAAGAAUUUUUCACUAGUGCAGUCAUUCAAGAAUCAAAAUCAUGAUUUUGAUCAUUCAAGAUGGCUAUUUGAGACUAAAGGGACUUAUGGUUAUGGGAAUGCUUUGUGGCCUUCUGAUGGCUAUGAAGUUGGGAGAGGUGUUGAUAGAUCUUCAAAUCCACCAGAUUUUAGUAACAGAGGAAAUAGACCUUUGACUAGGAAAGUUGGAAUCUCAGCUGCAAUUAUCAGUCCAUACAGGUUGCUUAUGGUUCUUCGUCUUGGUGCAUUGGCUUGUUUCUUAACAUGGAGGAUUUCUCAUCCAAAUCAUGAUGCAAUGUGGUUGUGGAUACUGUCAGUCGUGUGUGAGGUUUGGUUUGCAAUAUCUUGGCUUCUUGAUCAGUUGCCAAAGCUCUGUCCUGUUAAAAGAAUCACUGACCUUUCUGUAUUGAAAGAAAGAUUUGAAAGUUCAGGACCAAACCUUCGGAAUCCAAAGGGAUUGUCUGAUUUGCCAGGCAUUGAUGUGUUUGUUUCAACUGCUGAUGCAGAAAAAGAACCACCCCUUGUAACUGCAAACACAAUCCUUUCCAUUCUUGCUGUUGAUUAUCCUGUUGAAAAGGUGGCAUGUUACUUAUCGGACGAUGGAGGUUCUUUAGUCACAUUUGAAGCUCUUGCAGAAGCUGCUAGCUUUGCAAGAAUAUGGGUUCCCUUCUGCAAAAAACACAACAUAGAACCUAGAAAUCCUGAGGCAUACUUUGGGCAAAAGCGCGAUCCAUUGAAAAACAAAGUCAAACUUGAUUUUGUCAGGGAUAGGAGAAGGGUGAAGAGGGAAUAUGAUGAAUUCAAGGUGAGGAUAAAUGCCUUGCCAGAGUCAAUAAGGCGACGAUCAGAUGCUUAUAACACCCAACAGGAGAUACGGGCUAAGAGAAAACAAGCUGAACUUGGAGAGGAUCUCUCUGAACCGAUCAAGGUCCCUAAAGCUACUUGGAUGUCUGAUGGGACCCAUUGGCACGGUACUUGGUCAUCAGCAGAAGAAGGCCAUUCUAGAGGUGAUCACGAGGGUAUUAUACAGAUCAUGUUGGUUCCUCCAAAUGCAGAGCCACUUUACGGGAAUGAAGUAGAUGAAAAGAACAUGAUUGACACAACAGAUGUUGAUGUAAGAAUGCCAAUGCUGGUUUAUGUUUCCAGAGAAAAGAGACCUGGUUUUGAUCACAACAAGAAAGCUGGAGCCAUGAAUUCUUUAGUUCGAGCCAGUGCAAUUAUGUCAAAUGGUGCAUUCAUUCUCAAUCUUGAUUGUGAUCAUUACAUCUAUAACUCAUUGGCUUUAAGAGAGGGAAUGUGCUUUAUGCUUGACAAAGGUGGUGAUAGGAUCUGUUAUGUUCAGUUCCCUCAGAGGUUUGAGUGUGUUGAUCCAAAUGAUCGAUAUGCAAACCACAAUACAGUUUUCUUUGAUGUUAGCAUGAGAGCAUUGGAUGGUUUGCAAGGUCCAAUGUAUGUAGGAACAGGCUGCGUUUUCCGAAGAAUUGCUCUUUAUGGGUUUAGUCCACCAAGGGCAACUGAACACCAUGGAUGGUUUGGUAGCAGAAAGACUAGAAAGCUUCUGAGGAAACCUAAUGUUCAAAAGGAUCAAGAGGAUGAUGAGAUGUUUUUGCCAAUGAUUGGGAGUAAAGAUGAUGAGGAGGAAGUAAGCAGAUCCUUGCUUACAAAACAGUUUGGAAACUCUACUCCGCUUGUUGACUCUAUUGCUGUAGCUGAAUUUGGAGGAAGGCUGCUACAUGAGUUGCGAGGCAAAGGUUGUCAGGGAAGGCCAGCUGGUUCUCUUGCUGUACAGCGCGAGCCAUUGGAUGCUUCAGCACUUGCUGAGGCAGUAGGUGUCAUAAGUUGCUAUUAUGAGGACAAAACCGAGUGGGGGAAAAGAGUCGGAUGGAUAUAUGGUUCGAUCACAGAAGACGUCGUGACAGGUUACAGGAUGCACAAUAGGGGUUGGAGAUCAAUUUAUUGUGUCACAAAAAGAGAUGCAUUUAGAGGUACAGCACCAAUCAAUUUAACAGAUAGGCUCAUCCAAGUUCUCCGAUGGGCAACAGGUUCGGUUGAAAUCUUCUUUUCUCGCAACAAUGCUCUAUUUGCAAGUCCAAGAAUGAAGUUUCUGCAGAGGGUGGCAUAUUUCAAUGUGGGAAUGUAUCCCUUCACUUCAGUUUUCCUCCUUGUCUAUUGUGUCUUGCCUGCACUUUCACUCUUCUCAGGAAAAUUCAUUGUGCAGUCCCUCAACAUCACCUUUUUGGUGUUCCUGCUCGCGAUCACAAUCACCCUUUGCAUGCUUGCUAUUCUUGAAAUCAAAUGGUCAGGAAUUACCCUUGAAGAUUGGUGGAGGAAUGAACAGUUUUGGUUGAUUGGUGGAACAAGUGCACAUCCUGCUGCUGUGAUACAAGGACUAUUGAAAGUUAUAGCAGGAGUUGAUAUCUCAUUCACAUUAACAUCAAAAUCUUCUGCACCAGAUGAUGGUGAAGAUGAAUUUGCUGAGCUUUACGAGUUUCGUUGGACGGUCCUAAUGAUUCCACCAAUCACAAUCAUAUUGCUUAACAUGAUUGCAAUUGCAGUGGGAACAUUCAGGACUGUAUACAGUCCUUUCCCACAAUGGAGCAAGCUUCUUGGAGGUGUAUUCUUCAGUUUUUGGGUGUUAUCUCAUCUCUAUCCUUUUGCAAAAGGUUUGAUGGGGAGAAGGGGAAAAGUUCCUACCAUUGUCUUCUUAUGGUCUGCUCUCAUCUGUAUUGUGGUCUCGUUGCUCGCUGUUUAUGUAUACCCUCCUUCAGGACAUCAAGAUUUCACAAGUUUUCAGUUCCCUUGAGUUUGUACAUGGGUUGUUGUUGUUGUGUUGUCCACCUCGGCAGCUCAGUUAAGCUCACAUUCUUGAGAGUAUGAAGUUUCUCAACUUCAUCUCACUGUCUAAUGUUCUUUUUUCUCUUUUAAGAUCUAUGUUACAUAUGAAAGUUUAUUCUUUUUAAGAUGUCUUUUAAAUGUUACACAUGAAAGUUUAUUCU